AAAACUUCUUUUGGCUGAUUUUGGUCUUUCAAACUCUCUAGAAUCAAAAGAAGGAUAUACAUCUGAAUUUCGUAGAGCUCAGGCCUAUGUUGAUCCAAAGUUGCUGAGAAGAAAGCCAAAUCAUCGUCAUGAGAAAUCUUCUGACAUUUAUAGUUUCGGUGUACUUAUGUGGGAAAUAUAUACUCGUCGUAUUCCAUUCGCAAAAAGUGAUCAUGAUGAUUUAUUUUCUUUGGAACUUUUUUUUGGCCUAAGAAUGAGAAAUUGGAAUGUCUAUGGAUUAUAUAAAAAUAUAUGA